AUGCAAACUCUAGCCUCCCCCACAAACACCAGUACUCCUCCGCCCUCCUCGGCUUCCGCCCAGUCCGAGUAUGCGCGCUUCCGAGCCUGUGACGAGUGUCGCCGCCGAAAGAUCAAAUGCGACGGCCGGAUUUCAGGUUGCCGACAUUGCGUGAACUCCUCUGUCCACUGCGUCUACAACACCCCUACUAAGACUGCGAGAAAGCGUGCCUCGUCCUCGCAGUCCUCAAAACAUCUCCCUGAUGCCGAAACCGCCGUUAAUCUCGAAGAGCGUUUGGAAAGAAUCGAGCGCGCCGUUAAGGAACACCUCGCGAAUCGCUUAUCCUCCAUACCUCGCGAAGAGGAGUCGCCGCAAGAUGAUCCGGAACAUGCCGACGUCACACCCAAACGCCCGCGGCGCCAUGGCAUCGCCGAGACCGCUGCCGUCGGGGGAGAUUUAACCGCCAAGCAAAAUAGCCACAACCCUAACCCACAGAAACACCGAGCGCUCUACCACUGGAAAGUAUCGGACGAGGAAGCGACAACAGGAAAGAUUACAGCAGAUGGAGGCUUGAUUGAGGACUUUCAAGGAAAGCUUAAGUUUAUCGGCGAAUCGUCGGUAUUCUCACUGUUUUUACCGCGCGGGAUGCAGUGGGUGUGUGAGAAGCUUGGGGAACCUCAUUUCUUUGAUCCAUUGAAUCGGGCGGCGAUCACAAAGUGGACUCUGAAUUCUCCAAGCGGGAGUAUAAUUGAUAUCUCCAUGACCGGCCUUCCUCCGGGGGAGGAGGAGCCGUUGCCGUCAAGGCAGGUGGUGAGGAAACUUGUUAACGACUACUUUGACCGCAUCAAUUGUGCCCUACCCAUCUUCUCACGAUCCCGAUUCUCUACCGAACUUGCUAUGUUCCUGCAAAACGGGCAUCGGGCCUCGCCCUCGUGGCUCAUAUCCUUACAUACCAUCCUCGCUCUCUCAUUACUCUCCAAUCCCGUUGACGAGCCUGUUGCAGAGCGCAAAGCUGCCGAAAAGACUGCGCUGGCCCUCUUCCGUACCGGAUGUAGACACGUACCCAAAGUGCUGUUCUGUAACCGCGAUAUCAGCGGCGUGCAGGCACUUCUGGCGACAGUGUUGUUCCUAUGGGAAACACAUAGUACCGAGGGAUGCUCCACACUGCUUGGGGUAGCUGUGAGCAUGGGCACCGAGAUUGGGUUCCAUCGGUGUGGUACUCAGCUGGGGCUGCAAGAGGAGGGCGAGGUAGAGCUGCGGAGGGGUAUUUUCUGGUCGGCGUAUAUUCUCGACAAGGACAUGUCACUGCGCAUAGGGAGGCCGUCAAGCAUUGCUGAUGAGGAUGUGAAUGUGAGACUACCGGCAACACCGCAGGAAGGUGGAGAGCCCAUGUUUUCCCACAGAGUUACGUUGUCGCGGAUCCAGAGCAAGGUGUCUAGAUUACUGUGUAGUCAGGCUUCAGUAAAGAUGCCGGGAGUGGCAGUGCUAGGAACAAUCGGGAUGUUGAAUCAAGAGCUAGAGACCUGGAAGGUCGGUUGUGAGUUGAUGGCAGAUGGCGAGAUAGGUGGGGGAAGACCAGAGAGAGCGCAGCAAGUUUUGAGAUUGAAAUUGGUGUAUUAUGCAUGUCUGACUGCUAUCAACCGGCCAUUGUGUCCAGCUUUCGACCUGCAAGACACCGACGCUGGAGUCCCACUCACCACGCCCAUAGCUACUACCAAGUCACAAGGUUAUGAACCAUGCAUCUAUGCAGCGCGUGAAUCGAUUGAACUAAUCGACGUCUUUGAGCAUCUUGGACUGCGGCUCCUGCGGUCAACAGCAAUCAAUUUAAUUGGAGCGUCAGUCACGCUUUUCACCAACACUUUGGAGAAUCCAGGGGCCAAGACGGUGUGGGACGAUAUCGGGAGAAUCCGAAAAGUGUCUGAGUUUCUAAGGAAGGGCGUCGAGGCUGGAUGUCCGAAUAUCAGUGAGAUGUUCUUCCUGACGUUUACGUUAUGUAGUAUGGCGACCCAGAGUGUAGAGAGAUUGGGGAUGGGGGGUAGUAGUGUGAGAAAUGGUGAUGAGAAUGUGGCGGCGACGAAUGGCGCCAGCGAGAUGGGCACACGUACACAGGAGUUUGGAGGCGUAAAAGAAUUUUGUUUAACAUAUCAGCAAUAG